ACAUGCUGACAUUAUCUGAUUUAAUGGAAUUUUGUCUCUUCUCUUCACUACAGACUUUCUUUCCAGUUUCCAUCCCCUUCUUCUGCAAGAGGACUCCUCUGAGAAGGUAGUUGAGAUGUCAACUGCAGCCAGGCAGAGACUGAUGAGGGACUUCAAGGGGUUGCAGCAGGACCCACCUGCGGGUAUCAGUGGCGCGCCACAAGAGAAUAAUAUUAUGCUCUGGAAUGCGGUUAUAUUUGGUCCAGAUGAUACACCUUGGGAUGGAGGUGCAUUUAGAAUGACUCUUCAAUUCAUAGAAGACUAUCCAAACAAGCCACCAACUGUUCGGUUUGUUUCUCGAAUGUUCCAUCCAAACAUUUAUGCGGAUGGAAGUAUAUGUUUGGACAUCCUGCAAAAUCAGUGGAGUCCUAUAUAUGAUGUUGCUGCUAUACUUACAUCUAUCCAGUCAUUGCUGUCUGACCCAAAUCCGAAUUCUCCUGCAAACUCUGAAGCUGCUCGGAUGUUCAGUGAGAAUAAGCGAGAAUAUAAUCGCAAGGUCAGGGAAAUUGUGGAGCAAAGCUGGACUGCUGACUGAUACAUGCAGUUGAGUCCUAGUCCUACUCGAAUCUGCUUCGAUGUAGAAAUGAAUUGCUGUGCUGCUAAAGUUGGAUCCUGUCACUUAUGCUUCAGUCCUCAUCCAUGAAGCUGUUAGAUAUCAUACAUUAUGCUUUCUUAUUAAAACCUUUUUAUUACUCACAAUUUAAAUAAUGUAUAUUCAUACUCCAUGCUAUAUCCAAAUUCAAUUGAAAUUGAGUAUUUUUUUUA